GGAUGUAGCCCACAAUCCAUACCUUUCGACAAAACGUGAGUCGUUUUGUAACGAUGUACUGCCUUCAUCCCAUAAGUUUACGCAAACUUGUGCAUUGUCACUUUGCGUCGACCUACGUCGGCAUUCACAGUCGGUGGCUGCUGCUUCGUCAGCCCUUUCUCUAUGCUGCUGUUGUGCCACACAAAAAGGCAUUGCAUUUCUCUUAGACAAUAACAGAGGCAAUCACAAAUCACAUACGAUACGUUCAACAAUUUACUUGGGCCUAGAUGACAUAUUGUUAACUUUAUCUUGCGUGGAAUACUUAUGGGUGGGAGUUUUUUCAUCUAGAGAUUUUCCCAUCCAGUCACAGCUUCGCACGACAGGACCGAGGAAUGAGGGUUGGAGCUGGCUCGGUUGCCGGGGAAUCGAACUCUUCUCCCAUCGCGAUAGGUGCAUUCAGCUGAUGAGCAGAAGUGACUACAUGUGGCCCGAGUCGGAGAUAAACCUUUGAUCGAUUAUCAUAUGUUCGUUGAGGAUCAUUCAGGUUCAUAAUUGUAUUAUUGUUGAAUCAACGGAAUGUCCGGGAGGCCAUCACAGUCAUCAGAUAUGGACCAGGAUGAGGAGCUGACUGAGGCAGUGUGUCAGGAGUCUGACCUACAAGAUGGACAGAUGAUGGAGGUGAAUGUUGGGCAUUACAGUGUGCUGCUGGCACGCAGUGAGGGCAGAUUCAGCGCCCUUGGCAACCAGUGCACACACUACGGCGCCCCCCUCAGUAAAGGAGUUCUGUCAGGGAACAGGAUACGAUGCCCAUGGCAUGGAGCGUGCUUCAACGUCCACACAGGAGACCUGGAGGAGUACCCUGGCAUGGACUGUCUACCCUGCCACAAGGUCAAAGUGGAAAACAACAAAGUGUAUGUGUCAAUAAAGAAAAAGGAGCUGCAGCAGAACAAGAGGGUAAAGAUCAUGAGUUGCAGAGUAUCGGGGGUCAUCCACACCAUCUUGUUGUUAGGGGGAGGGGCUGCCUCAUUGGCGUGUGCGGAGACUCUCAGACAAGAAAACUAUGGUGGCCGGAUCGUCAUGGUUACCCGAGACGACCUUCUGCCCUACGACAAGACCCGCCUCAGCAAGGUUAUGAAUGUUCAGAGUGACAGUAUUCUGCUGAGAAGGAUGGAGUUCUAUCACCAGUACGACAUCGAGGUGUGGCUCAGGAAAGAGGCGUUGUCAUUGGACACGGAGAAGAAAACAGUAACGUUUGAUGAUGGUUCAGCCCAAAACUACGACCAGCUCCUAAUCUCCACGGGCUGCAGAGCGAAGGGUCUGGACUGUCCAGGGAUGGACCUGAAGAAUGUGAAGAUGCUUGAGACUCCGGAGGAUGCCAGGCAGAUCCAUGCUGCCUGUGUAGGCUGUCGCAUCGUCAUUGUGGGCACCUCUUUUGUUGGCAUGGAGGUGGCCUCCUACAUGAUAGACAAGGCCACCAGCAUCACCGUGAUUGGCAGCAGUGAGCUUCCCUACCAGAAGACCCUGGGGCCCGAGAUCGGCAAGAUCACCAUGAUGAUGCUGGCAGAGAAGAAGGUGAUGUUCUACAUGAACAACAUGGUCGUAGAGGUCCGAGGAGAGGAAGGCAAGGUGAAGGAGGUGGUUCUAAAGAGUGGGAAUGUCAUUCCUGCAGAUGUACUGAUAGUGGGAAUCGGUGUCAUCAACAACUCAGAGGUGCUCCAGGGAAGUCGCAUAGCCAUGGACUCCAAGAGCUCGGUCAUCGUGGAUAAGUAUAUGCAGACCAACAUCCCUGGGGUGUUUUGUGGGGGAGAUCUGGCCACUUUCCCUAUGGCGAUGGCCAAGGGCCAGCGGGUCACCAUUGGACACUGGCAGAUGGCACAAGCACACGGGAGGAUUGCAGCCCUGAACAUGCUGAACAAAGAAACUGAGCUGAACUCUGUCCCCUUCUAUUGGACCGUCUUACUGGGGAAGACAAUCAGAUACACAGGUUAUGGGGAAGGCUACACCGAGUUAGUAGUAAAAGGAAAAGUGGAAGAUUUGAAUUUCUUGGCAUUUUACAUCAAGGAUAACGAGGUCAUAGCUGCAGCCAGUUUGAAUUAUGACCCUGCGGUGUCCGUGAUCGCUGAGCGAUUUGUAACAGGAAAGGUCAUCACAAAGAAGGAAGCUCAGUCAGAUGACCUGAGCUGGCUGAAGCUGUCCUGAUCAUCACUCCAUCCACUCACCCGCCACAUCACCAGCUCAACUUCGACAAACACUCCAGAUGUCCUCCGGGGCCAUCCCCUCAUCCCUCUCCACGAGGGAUCAAGGAUUCCCUACCUUCAAGAAUUUUGUCUCCUCAAUGGAAGUUUCCCAUGUAUCUGAAGAGGAUAUUUGUUAGAGUUCCUGAAGUUCAGCAGGAAAGCAUUAAGCAGCUUAUAGUGUCCAAAGUAUAGUCCUCUGGUACAGAUUGUGUAGAAGUGCUAUAUUUAUACUGUAUACUGAAUCUAUAAUGCCAUGAAUCGUUUUGGGACUCUUCCCUGCAACUGU